GGCGGGGGUGGGAGGAGCCGGGCAGGUUGUGCCCGCCGGGCCCUCCUCCCUCGCUCCCUCCCCGCCCGGCGGAGAGGGGUCGGGGGAGGGGGCAGCAUGGCCUGUCCGUCCGGCCCCUUUUCCAGCGCUCAUCUGCCCCGGGAGUGCGGCGCCGCUCCUCGCAGGGAGAAGAGGUCCGAAUGGAGACAGACGGCAGCCAGCCCGGCCUCGCCUCCCCGGACUCCCCGCACGACCCCUGCAAAAUGUUCAUCGGGGGCCUGAGCUGGCAGACCACGCAAGAGGGUUUGCGGGAGUACUUCAGCCAGUUCGGCGAGGUGAAGGAGUGCCUGGUGAUGCGGGACCCGCUGACAAAGAGAUCCAGGGGCUUCGGGUUCGUCACGUUCAUGGACCAGGCUGGCGUCGACAAGGUUCUGGCCCAAUCCAGACAUGAACUGGACUCCAAGACGAUUGACCCGAAGGUAGCGUUCCCCCGCCGAGCACAGCCCAAGAUGGUGACCCGAACGAAGAAGAUAUUUGUGGGUGGUCUGUCAGUGAACACUACUGUGGAGGAUGUGAAACAGUACUUUGAGCAGUUUGGGAAGGUGGACGACGCGAUGCUGAUGUUUGACAAGACAACCAACCGACACCGAGGGUUUGGCUUUGUCACAUUUGAAAGUGAAGACAUUGUGGAAAAAGUAUGUGAAAUCCACUUCCAUGAGAUCAACAACAAAAUGGUGGAGUGCAAAAAAGCCCAGCCGAAGGAGGUGAUGUCCCCGACGGGCUCAGCGCGAGGGCGGUCCCGAGUGAUGCCUUACGGGAUGGAUGCCUUCAUGCUCGGGAUCGGCAUGCUGGGUUAUCCAGGCUUCCAGGCUGCCACCUACGCGAGUCGAAGUUACACUGGCAUCGCACCCGGCUACACUUACCAGUUCCCUGAGUUCCGUGUAGAGCGGACCCCUCUCCCGAGUGCCCCCGUCCUCCCUGAGCUCACAGCAAUCCCCCUCACUGCGUAUGGACCAAUGGCGGCAGCAGCGGCUGCGGCAGCCGUGGUGCGAGGGACAGGUUCCACCCCGAGUCGCACCGGCGGAUUUCUGGGCACCACCAGCCCUGGGCCGAUGGCAGAGCUUUACGGAGCCGCCAACCAGGACUCGGGGGUCAGCAGUUACAUCAGCGCUGCCAGCCCAGCCCCGAGCACCGGCUUCGGCCACAGCCUAGGGGGGGUUUUAACUCUUUCCUCGCAGGGUCCCUUGAUUGCAACAGCUUUUACCAAUGGGUAUCACUGAAGCUGGGGACCACGGAGGCAGGAGAUUCCCCAGUGACCUAACCGAGGACAGCGGCUGGAGGAUCUGGUGAGCCUCGGGGGAUGAGCCACGGUUACCUUUUUCUCGAGUCAAACUGCACACCGCCGGCUGGCUGCCAGGCUCCUGCCGCCCUGCCCUGAUCUCUCCCUUUGACCAGACCACACUGGACUGAACCCGAGGAGAUCAUCUCGCUUUCUUACUAACCACCGACGGUUUACGCUUCCCCCUUCCCUGCCCCCAGCCCACCGGUUCUUCUUUUAUUUAUUUUAUUAGCUGUUAGUUUUAUUUUUUUAUUUUAUUUUUUUAUCUUUUUUGGGGCUCCCCCUUCUUUUUGUUGUUUGCUCUUUCCCGAGCUAGUAGACAUAUUUUAUGAAUUGGCUUUGUGAUUGUGUUAGGUAGUUUUUAUUGAGGAGUAUUUUUAUUUGGCUUUGAAACUGUUUUGAAUAUUUUCAACUCUGUUGUUGUUGUCGUCAGUGUUUUUAAAGCACGGUAUGUAACAAGAAUGCAGUUCUGAAGGAAAGAAAGAGACAGAGAGAGCAAAGGCUGAGAGGAACUGAUGUAUUUCUAUUUUUUUUAAAGAAACUGUUUUUAAUUGUUUCUGUUUUGUAAAUGUGAGGCUUUGAAAAGUGUGAAACUCCAAGGAUCCGAAAACGUUGGACAUCGCUAUGGAACAAAACAAAUGUAUAUUUUGCUAAGUGAAAAACACUAUCUUACAGCUGAAAGAUUUUUUUUUUUGUUUUCCUAGGUUUAGUUUUACGUGGGAUUUUCUUUUUCCUUCUGUAUAAUAUGUAAAUAUCGCGAGCUGAACCUGGCUGCCACGUGCAGCCUGGCUCCGAGGAGCAGCUCCAGGUCCUGGACUUGGUGCCGCAGUGUGAGCAAUACUCUCCAGCAGAAUCCUGACAGGACUCCGUUCUUUUUUUGUACACCUUUUACUGUAAGAUUUUAAGACCUCUGAUGAGAUGAAAGGGGGGGUGGGGGCGGGGGUGAAACGUACCGGCCAUCGGCUGUUUUGCUGAGCGGGUUAAAGCUGCUUCCAAUCGCUCGAUGUACAGACUCCAUCACUGGGCUCCGCAGUGCCAGCGUCUGGUUUGGCUUUAGGUAAAGGGCUUUGCCGCCACUGUUUGUCUUGGUUACUUUGAAAGGAAUCCACUCUCCAAACACUUAUCGCUUGCGUCAAGAUUUCCUGGGAAAGGGAUCCUCCUCCGGAGGCGAGGGUAUCGGAAAGGGGAGGCAGCCAGGGCCGGGGGGAGAUGUGGGUGGUCGUUCUCUGAAGGGCAGGGCGCUGGGUUGGGGAGGCGUUAACGGGGAGAAAAGCAUUAGGGUGGUGAUUUGGGGGCGGGUUAAGGGCUUCUCAGGGAUUAUAUGAAUUAUAGAAUCGCAGCUUCCCAUUUGCUUUACUCUGUGUUCUGAAGACUGUGGGAAUUUGUCCGUUGUCCCGUGCGGAGGUGGUGUGGUCCCUUCUCCAGAACCUGCCGGGGCUUCCCCUGGCACCAGGCCCCUGCUGAGGAGCGCCGUGCCAGGGGAAGCCUCCCGCAGGAGCAUACGGGGUAGGUUUGGGUCUGGAUUUCAGUGAACCAAAGACCUUGUUAAGGGGGGUGAUUAAGCCUUUUAUUAAGAUGCAGCCAAACUCUUUUCCCAGGGAAAUAACAGCUUCAUCUUAAGUUUUAAAAAUCAUUCCCUCUCUUCCCCCAAACUGAGCCCUUGUAAGGGAGAGGGGCUUUGAGGAAAGGACCGGGAGGGCCGCCGUGCCCACAGGGCUCUUCUCUUCCAUCCCUCCCCUCCCCGUGUGCCGGAGCUUGUCCUGACCUGGGCGAUAUGUUUGGAGAGUUCUGUUUAGGUAAGAGGGUACUUAACAGAUCAGUACUGAAAACACAAAGCAAUAAUUUUUGUUACUGAGACAAGAGUCUGUAUGUCUGUUUUUUUAAAUAUUUCCUAAGUAAAGAAGAGCUGCAUUUUAUUGGGUUUAUUUUUAUUCUAUAUACUUCAAAUUUGGGUCUGCGGACAGCGCUUUCCUCCCUCUUGGUAUAUGCGCUGAACUGCUUCCGUGCCCCCUCCAGACAUCCCAGGCCAGCCGUGCUGCUGCUGGGCUGCGAUUCACUCUCUGGCCAGUGCUGCCACUGCCUGGAGGCUGGGGCUCCGGUUUCAGGGUGGGCAUUUUUUUAAAAAAAUAAUAAAGCUGUGUUUUUAAGCCAGUAAGUUAUUACACUCCAAUGUUUGUUCUCUCCACACCUGUAACCCUUUUUCCAGAUUUCAGUUUUAAAUUCCUAAUAAAUUAUUUGAAAAC